AUGUCUAUGGCCAUAAAGUUCUUCACCCUUUUCUUCUUCUUCCUUUUCGUUGAAUCAUCCACCGCAAAAAAUAUCCAGAGUGAGUUUUUCUAUAAGGUCGGCGACGAUGGAAGACUAACACUGAGGACACCACAUGAAUUAUCAGGGAACGAAUAUGUCCAUAUGUUUGUAAGGAAGAUGGAAGAUUUGCAACGUGAAGCAGACGAGAAAUACCCGCUCUGGAAAUCUACAAAUUACUUGGAGCGAUCUUUGUUUCUUCUGAAGAAAGCUCAGGAAUUUGUUGAGCUUUGGGACGAGCGGCGGAAGAGCCAAAUUUCGGGAAACUCAUAUCUAUACCUUGCCUUGCGCAACAAGGUUCAAUGUGACUUGUGGCCUGUACUCUAUGAUUACUGUCGUCAAUCUGAGGGCACAAAUAUCUUGACGUACAUGAUGUAUGAUUUUUGUCGUCAAUCUGAGGGUGCAAAUCUCCUCAAGUACAUGACAUAUAGCCUCAGUCCAGAAGCUGCAAAUGGUUUAGUUCCUCCAUUGAUUAAUUAUUCUAGUCCAUGUUUCCCAGUUAGCCGAAUACCGUCAAGCUCAAGCGGUAAAGUUUUCAUGAUGAUAACAGAGGUUCACGGGAUUAGAGUUGAUAGACGAUUGUGCACUGCCUUGGAACGCAAGUCGGAGAAGAGGAGUAUUUGUGGUACAAUGUGA